ACUGUCAGAAUUUUUUUUAUUUUUUUACGUCUAAAGAUUCAUCUCGAAUCACCGCGUAAAAAUGUGUGUAAAAUCCGAGUAUUUUUGGAAGAAAAUCGUGUGAAUUGAAAAGCAUUGGUGUCAGUUUGAUACAGUGGACAAUAAUACAAUAUCUGUGCAUAAUGUGACUGUUUAAUAUUUCAUAUGUUCAAAUCAGCCAGCACCAGCACCCAAAUCACACGGAAAAACGAAACGUAUUGAAGUGACCAAGAGUAGAAAAAUGUUCAAUUUUUUCAAUACAAGUCAAUUGCGCCUAGGAACAAUAAUAAAGUGACAAUUUACACAUCCUACUGAUAACGAAGAAUAAAAAAAAACGUUUUAAUUAUGUGAGUUUUGUUGUUAUUAUUAUUAAAUUAUUGUGUGAAAAGAACACACCACAACACAUCCAUAAUAUACAGUGAACAAAACAAAUUUAUGAUCCAUCGUCAAUAUAACAAAAUUAUAAACAAAACAUUUUUCAGCUAAAGAAGAAAAGGAAAAAUAGUAAGCAGCCGAAAAGAAUAAGAAAUCUAAACACCAACUAAAAAAAAAAAAAUCGCACUCACAUGUUGGCUUUAAUACUCUUAUUAGCGAAUGUGCUUUGAGUAGAUUCAAAGUGAUAAUUAAUUACAGUCGAUUGUUUGCGGUGUGUAAAAAUAGCUCCACUCACAACACAAAGAAAUAACAACAAAUAUGCCUGCAACUGGGUCUAUAAUCGACGAAAUUCCUGAAGUAAAUAUCGUUCGACAAACCGACAGUAUGUCCAAUCUGAGUGACAUGUCCGGUAAUACAACAAUUCCAACCUGUCGACCACGACUAGAUGUGGCAUGUGUGAUUGACACACAUCAGCCGGAAAAUCUGACGCAUCGGAAGUGUGCCUUAGACGAAUUAAAACAGGCCUGUUCGUCCGUAAACGCUAACAUGCAACACAUACAGUUUGAGAAAUUAGAUUUUGGUGAAACGAACGUUUUGGAUACGUUUUACAAUGCUGACGUUGCUGUUGUGGAUCUUAGCAUUCAAAUUCAACAAAGUGCCUUAUCGUACCACUUAGGCGUGCGAGAAAGUUUUGGAAUGAAAGGAAAUAUUUUAAUGUACAACGAUGUUUUACCCGAACAAACCCUUAGACUGAAGAUAUCUUGUGGAAACUAUACAUUUCUACCAUAUGUUCUGCAAGAUUGUGGCACAAUAUGCAACGUAACCAAUUCGACUAAAGGAAAGUUUAGUGAAGAACAACCGGAUAGCAAACAAACACUGAUGUCACGUCUAAAGAAGCUAUUACAAGAUGUCGAAAUUCAAUCAAAGGCUCACAUGCGCGAGAAAUUUCUCAGCGAUUUGCGAAUUGCUCGCGAACAACACGUUGGUAAUACAGAAGAAUUAGCCAAAGUACUGCAUAAUAUGCGCAAAAGAUUGGACGAUCCGAACGUAUUAUCCGGUGAGGUGGUACACAGUUACAUGUGCUCGUUGCGCGACACUCAAGACUAUGAUGCCAUGGUACAAUUAGUGAAUGAUCUCCGUACAAUACCAAAUAAGCGAAAACAUAUCGAAACCGGCAACAUGAAUUGUUUGUACGCAUUUGCAUUGAACCGACGCAAUAAGGAAGGUGACCGCGAGGAGGCGUUGACGACGUGCGUCAAUGCACUGGAUAAAAAGGAAAAUCAUUUUCCCGAUAUGCUGUGCCUAUGCGGACGAAUUUACAAAGAUAAAUUCGUUGAGUCGGAGCAUAGUGACAUAGACAGUCUGAAGAAUGCUAUUCGAUGGUAUCGACGUAGUUUCGAAGUGCAGCCGAACGAGUAUGCGGGGAUCAAUUUGGCAACAUUGUUGGUCAUCGAUGGCAAGGACUUUUCGAACACCGAAGAAUUGCAGCACAUCGGAAUGGUGCUGAACAAUUUGAUAGGAAAGAAAGGCAGCUUGUCAUCGUUGACUGAAUACUGGGAUGUGGCGACAUUUUUCGAAAUUUCUGUCCUGGCCGAAGACUAUGGCAAAGCAAUCCAAGCAGCAGAAUGUAUGUUCAAACUUAAGCCGCCCAAUUGGUACUUGAAAUCGACAAUCGGUAACAUCACCUUAAUCGACCGGUUUCGACGACGAAGCGACGACUCGGAAACCAGUCCACCAGAACAGCAAAUCUUUCAGUUUUGGAUGGAGUUUUUCAUUGAGGCAACUAAUGACAUGGAAAACAUGAGCAUUCGUCUUCCAAUCUUGAUUCUCGAACCGCAAAAAAUCUACAUGCCCAGUCACGUGGUUGUAAAUAUGGGUGCCGAAGAGAAGUCCAUCCAAAUCACCAACUUAUGUUUGGCCCAUUCGAAGGGCACAUGCAAGAAGGUUCACGAUUUCCUGUUCACCGCCAAUCAAAUCAAAUCCGUUAGCCUGUACAAGCGCGACGAAUGUUGUGCGUACUUGUAUGUACAUCACAAUUCGGACGAUUUUCAAAUUUAUUUCCCAUCCGUGCAAUGUCGACAACGGUUUUACGAUCUGGUGCUCGAGAUGACCGUUGACCAGGAAGUAUUUGUUGAUCUGUCCGUUGACACCAAUCAAAUUCAAGACUACGAAUAUGAGUAUGACGAACAAAAUCGACGAAUACUGUUAGGUAAAGGUACAUACGGUACGGUGUACGCAGCUCGUGACUUGAAUACUCAAGUGAGGAUAGCGAUAAAAGAAGUACCGGAAAAAAUAACAAAUGAAGUGCAACCGUUGCACGAGGAAAUUAAACUCCAUUCACAACUGCGUCACAGGAAUAUUGUACAGUAUUUGGGUUCAGUGUCCGAGAACGGUUUCUUUAAAAUUUUCAUGGAGCAAGUGCCAGGAGGAUCGUUGUCAGCACUUCUCCGAUCAAAAUGGGGUCCGUUAAAAGACAACGAAGCGACGAUUGCAUUCUACUCAAAACAAAUAUUGGAAGGAUUGAAAUACUUGCACGAUCAAAAAAUCGUUCAUCGAGACAUAAAAGGUGACAAUGUUCUGGUCAAUACUUAUAGCGGCGUAGUGAAAAUAUCCGACUUUGGUACAUCGAAACGGUUAGCUGGUAUUAAUCCCAUAACGGAAACAUUCACCGGAACACUUCAGUACAUGGCUCCCGAAGUAAUCGACCAAGGUGUCAGAGGAUAUGGACCAGCGGCCGACGUGUGGUCGUUCGGAUGCACAAACGUUGAAAUGGCAACAGGUAAACCACCGUUCAUCGAACUCGGCUCGGCUCAAGCGGCAAUGUUCAAAGUCGGUUUCUACAAAAAGCAUCCGGAGAUACCGAAAAUGUCGGACAUGGCCAAGAAUUUCAUCCUACGUUGCUUUGAGGUUGAUGUCAAUAAACGUGCCACCGCCGCCCAGUUAUUGGAAGAUCACUUUUUGUCCGAUAAACACCGAAAAUCACGCGUUACAACAGUAGCAAGCAAUGAAUUUUCUCGAAGUGUAUCGGUGCCAGCUGAUCGAAUGAUCACCAAAACCGUUUCAUCAUCACAGUACAAUAGUUCCUCUAGCGCAAAUACUCCUACAACACCUGAUUUAGAAUAUUUUGCAUCACCCAGGACGGCACCGAAGUAUUCACAUCACACUCAUUUAGCUCCGAUACAGAUGCCGAGCUCAAUCAGCUUAAGCUUAAUCAAUUCUCCGUCCAUCGAAGCGGACACCGAAUCGGAUUCGUCAUUCAGUUUGAAUCGAAGGAGUUCAUCUGGUGGACUGUUAUCCCCCGAAGUUGAACUGUCGGGCACAUCGUCGAAACCAUUGGGUGAUGCAGCUGAAAGUGACGGUUUUUAUAUGCUGAAAAAGGAUUCGCAGAGGCGGGCUACCCUAUCGAAAGUGCUGAGCCACGAUGAAACGAAAAUAUGUGAUGUGUGGAUGGAUAAAAUUGAGAAUAACCACAAAGUACAAGUCGUGAUAAGUAAACAUAAUCUAGAAAUAAUGAUCCGAGCGUUGAGAGACUACAUUAUCGACCAAAAUAAGGAGAUUUUGGAAAGUGCAAUGGCUCAGCUAAAGAAAAGCUUAGACUUUGAUUCUACGGCAAUUGAUCAUCUUCAUUUGGCUCUCUACUCGUUUCAGGACGCGGUAAUAUCAGUAUUACGAUCUCAUAGCAUUAAACCUCAUUGGAUGUUCGCUCUUGACAAUCUUGUCAAAAGUUCCGUUCAGGCGGCAAUAACCGUUCUGUCACCGGAGCUUGGUGCUAAUUUGGCCGGUCAAGAUCGUUUAGAGAAUGCCGAAGAAGAGGAGACAAUGUCCACGUCUGGUAUCAGUACGGUCAAUUCAACGAAGCAGAAAACUAAAAAAAUCGAACACCACAAAUACAUCAACGAAGAAAUCACCGGCUUAAAGGUGGAAAACGUUCAAUUGCUUCAAGACUUACUCGAUUCUCAGCGCAUCUACCAAAAUCUGCUGAAAUCCACCAUCGACGAGCAGAAUCUCAAUUUGGAAAUGUUACGGAAUUUCACACAACAAUUGUCCGGUUUGUCAUUGCUGUACGAUCGGAGUGUGUCGCAAGGUUACUUCAGCGAUAUCAGUGAAUCGUCUAAAAAUCCACAAGACGAUUUUACGCCAUCUUCCGUAUCUCCCAUACCUCCCAGUCAAAAUGUUAGCGAAGUUGACGCUGCCAAUGCAAAAAACGUACCACGCAAACUGUCGUCACACCGAAGCUUCUUCCAAGGUCGUGGCGAUUCCAAUCGUCAACCGUUGACGAAUGGUAAACGAUUGCCCAUUGCGAAUGACUAUUUCAUGCGCAGUGCUACCACAUCCAUCGAUUCGAAACUGAAUGACUGGUUGAUUCGGAACAACGUCGACAGUGUGUCACGCAACAUCAUAUUCUCGGAAGAUUUUACCUAUGAAGAUUUUGUCUACAAUUUGGACAAAUCGGAUUUGCUUCGACUGAACUUGAAAUGCGGCAUUGAAGUGCGUAUAUGGCGAGCGUUACAAAACCACCGAAAUCAAUUCAGUUCAUUGACGGAGGAACUGAGCGCCAUCAAUCGGGACGACAUCAAUCACAAUCAGCAACAACAGCCACAACCUCGUAUUGUGUUUCAAUCGCCGUCACCGAUACCAGUUCAAAAGUCUGGUUCCGAUACGAACUGCAACAGUUACGAUUCGAAUCGUACAACAUCGUCGGACGAUGUGAUUGGCAGUGAUUAUGAGUCUUGCAACGGAAAUUUCGACUAGAAUUUUCAGUUUAGUUUUUUUUUCUGUUCUUAGGAUAAUUAAUAACUUUGUAGACACAUUGUGGAUGACACUCUGACUUCCAGUAAAUUUAAUUUGCCUUUUAAAAAGUGCCUGUAGUUUUAUUAAUUAAAUUUUUGAUUUAUUUGAACUUCGAAUGUUUACUUCUAUACUCAAUCGUGUGUAAUGGAUAUAAUCAAUGUGUGAUAACCAAAAA